AUGGUUAUCACUACUUUAAUUAUUGCUAUUAUUUUUGCUUAUAUAAUUAUUGCAAUUGUUUUCUCUUUGAACAUUGAUUUAACAAGAGAUGAAAUCAAGAUUUAUUCACAGCCAAACGCAACAGUUGCAGCAGCCUCAAUAAUUAAUGCGGCAAAUAUAUCAACAGUUGGGUUCAGAGAAACACUUGACCCUUUAUGUUACAUGCAAGUGAAAGGACUAACAACAGAACAAGUAAUUACUUUGGCAGAUUCAGCUUAUUAUUAUACAAAUGACAGGAAACAGCUAAAAGGUCUAUUGUUUCAAGAAUACUUCGGAUCGGACUAUGUUGAAGAUCUCGUGGAAAUAGAGAGUCCAUUCCCGCAUGCUCUUAAUAAGUGCUCAUUAUGCCAUUAUCAAAUCAAGUCAUUGAAUUUGACAGUUUUUUCAAUUAGAGGAACAAAAACAAUGACUGAUGUAUUGGCUGAUGUCGAGUUAUGGAUCGGAACUGUUCUAAUCGAUGCUGUAAUGAAAGUUACUCCACUUGUCCAAACAUUUGCGCUUUCUUCAAAAGCAGUUAUCGGUUCUUUCAUGUCAUUACCAAGAUACAUUUUCCACGAAUUUUCGUUGAUCGAUAAAUAUGUUGGAAUUUUCGAGAACUACAUAAACUCCGUGAAUAUUACUAAUACAACGGAUGCUUUAAUAGUAGGACAUUCUCUUGGUGGUGGACUUGCAAGAAUAUUAUCUUUGAAAACAGGAAUGCAAGCUGUUGCAGUUUCUGGACCUGGAAUUUCAUGUGUAGAAAGAUAUUAUUAUAAUCACUAUAAAAACAUCGAACCUACAGUGAUAUCGAUCAAUCCAAGGAUGGAUAUCGUAGCUAUGGUUGAUAACUUCGAUGACCUCACAGAGUUUAAAGUUCCUUGUAAAAGUGGUUUGUUCAAAUGCCAUUCUGUUGCAAGAACUUUGUGCCAAACAGGUUUAAUUUGUGGAAAUGGACCGAUUCAUGAGGAUUACUGCGGAAAGAUAUUCCCUGAAAAGGCAUAUAAGAAGAUGAAAAACCUUGCAGCACCUAUUAAUUUUGGUACUCGCAAUGGUUAA